AUGAUUUUGGGACGUCAACAUCGUAGGCUGGCAGUCAUGUCCAAUUGUAUUCGGAUUUGUAGAUGCCUGAAAACAUACCCAUCUACCAUUCGACAAUGUGGUGCGGGGCGAUCCUACAGUCAACUAUCUAGUAUGCAAUUGGACCUGAAACGAGCCCUGCAGUCGGCUGAUUCGCAAUCGGUCAAUGGAUCCUCGUUUGCGGAUAGAUCACAACUGAAAUAUGCACGACGAUUAGUAAUAAAAUUGGGUAGUGCCGUAAUCACGAGAGAAGAUGAACACGGUAUUGCCCUAGGUCGAUUGGCAUCAAUUGUUGAACAAGUAGCCGAGUGUCAUCAGGAGGGUCGUGAAUGUAUUAUGGUCACCAGUGGAGCAGUAGCAUUUGGAAAACAAAAAUUGACCCACGAAUUAUUAAUGUCAUUGAGUAUGAGAGAGACACUGUCGCCUAACGACCAUGCCAGAAAAGAUGUUAGGACAUUGCUGAAGGCUAGAGCUGCAGCGGCUGUGGGUCAAUCCGGGCUCAUGUCUUUGUACGAUGCCAUGUUUUCACAAUACGGUGUUAAGAUCGCUCAGGUCCUAGUCACCAAGCCCGAUUUUUAUAACGACGAGACACGAAAAAACCUAUUCAGCACGUUGUCAGAACUAAUCAGUAUGAAUAUCGUGCCUAUUAUCAAUACAAAUGACGCAGUGACACCUCCGCCACAGGACGACGACCUCAUUAAGUCUAAAGGAAAGAAGGUUAUCAGCAUCAAGGAUAAUGACAGUUUGGCCGCUAUGUUAGCUGCCGAAGUUAGUGCAGACUUACUCAUUUUGAUGUCUGACGUGGAUGGUAUCUUUACGCGACCGCCAAAACAAGAAGGGGCGAAAAUGAUUUGGACAUACAACAGCGAUAUGGCGGACGUAAUACAGUUUGGCAAAAAGUCGACUGUCGGUACGGGAGGCAUGGAUUCCAAGGUACAAGCGGCUACGUGGGCGUUAAAUAGAGGAGUUUCUGUAGUUAUCUGUAAUGGCAUGCAAGAAAAAGCUAUUAAGUCAAUUGUGCUCGGCAGAAAAAUUGGCACAUUUUUCACCAAUGCCCCAACUGCUAAUGCCACCCCAGUUGAAACACUAGCUGAAAAUGCACGUUACGGGAGCCGUAUCUUGCAAAAGUUACCAGCUGUGGACCGUGCAAGUGCAAUAAAUGCAUUAGCUGAGUUGUUAAUAAGCAAACAGGCAACUAUUUUGGACGCCAAUGAAAAAGAUAUAGCAAUAGCUACCAAGGAAGGGACAGCUGCUCCUUUGAUCAGCCGAUUAUCUUUGACACCAGCUAAACUCAAGAGCCUGGCCAUAGGUCUUAAACAGAUUGCCGAGACUAGUCACACAAACGUUGGCAAGGUGUUAAAGAGGACUAAGAUUUCAGAAAAUUUAGAUUUAACUCAGGUCACUGUUCCCAUUGGUGUUCUUCUUGUCAUUUUUGAAUCUCGGCCCGAUUGUUUGCCUCAGGUAGCUGCUUUGGCGCUGAGCUCGGCAAAUGGACUUUUAUUGAAAGGAGGCAAAGAGGCGUCGCACAGUAACAAAGCACUCAUGGAUAUAGUCAAAGAGGCAUUGGCCACGGUCGGUGCCCAGGACGCCAUAUCGUUGGUGUCGACCCGGGAAGAAAUCAGUGAUUUAUUAGCCAUGGAGAACCACAUUGAUCUUAUUAUUCCUCGUGGAUCUAGCGAUUUGGUCCGUAGUAUUCAAGACCAAUGUGCGCACAUCCCCGUAUUAGGACACGCUGAAGGAAUAUGCCACGUAUACGUAGACAAGGAUGCCAACUUGGAUAAAGCUCUGACUAUAAUUCGUGACUCCAAGUGCGAUUACCCAGCCGCAUGUAACGCAAUGGAAACUCUAUUAAUCCACGAAGAUUUGUUUGGAGGACCGUUCUUCAAUCAAGUCUGUGAUAUGUUAAAGAAAGAAAAUGUGGAACUAUUUUCUGGUCCAAAAUUAUCAUCUCGUUUAACUUUUGGACCACCACGAGCAAAAUCACUAAAACACGAGUACGGUGAGCUAGCUUGUACAAUUGAAUUGGUCUCUGGAAUGGACUCUGCUAUUAAUCACAUACAUACAUAUGGAAGUGGUCAUACAGAAGUCAUCAUUACUGAAAACACUGAAGCCGCUACUAAAUUCCAAAGAGAUGUUGAUAGUGCUUGUGUAUUUCAUAACGCUAGCUCAAGGUUUGCAGAUGGAUUUAGAUUUGGAUUAGGCGCCGAGGUGGGCAUCAGCACGGCCAGGAUACACGCACGUGGUCCCGUAGGCGUCGAAGGACUUCUGACGACCAAGUGGAUACUGAAGGGCGAUGGUCAUGCGGCUUCCGAGUUCGCAGAAGGAGGUGACAGGACAUACUUGCACGAACACCUGCCCGUCGACAACUAGCAAUCACCUGCUAAAAACACUCGCAAACUGCUGAGCGGGUUCUUUUACGCUAUUGCAGCAAAUGUGACCAAAAUGUUUUUCUUCCAGAAACUCCGAAAACCAGACGAAUAAUAACAAUUAUUACUAUCAUUAUUGCAUUGGAAAGGUUUUCUUUCUCCCACCCCUUCCAAUAAAUUACUAUACUUUAAUUCUUGCCCAACACUCGACAUAUUAAUUUGAUAUUGUUGUGUACAUUAUAGUUAAUGUUAUUAUUAUUAUUAUUAUUAUUAUUGUUAUUAUUUUAUUUGUUAGAAUUUAGAUUUUUAAAUGUCUGUAUAUGUGUACAAAAUAUUAUAAUAUUGUAGCGCCAACAUUCUUAAUAAUUGCAUACAUAAGAUCUUUUCACGACGAAAUUUCUUCAUUAAUGUUAUCAUUAAACUGUUGUAAUUUUUAAGUAAAAACUGAAUAUCCUCGAACCGUA